CGCUAAGAUCCAAUAGUAUCCAUCUGCAGACCCGCAGCACAGCCGUUUUAGAACCGCCGUUUCAGAACCGCUGUUUCAGAACCGGAAGUGAGGGGCGGAGCUAUUAACACCUAGAAAUGGCGGAGAGCACGAGACAUAUAACUAUUCAGAAUGGUGACGCAUUACCUGAGCUGCAGCAGUGCAACAAGUGUUGCAGCAAUUAUCACUGCCCUUUUUGCGCGGCCAGCGUGUUUAAGCCAGCCAAACUGGUCAAAUUAAAAACCCAUCUUCAAAGCCACUUUAACAAGGCAGUAGUCUGUGGAGGCUAUACUAUACACAGAUGUGGACUAGGAUGUAGACCAGCUCUACAUCACCACUGUCCAUACUGUGAAACAACAAUUUUAAAGAGAGGUGAUUUUGAAAAACAUGUACAGGUUUGCAAAAAAAACCCACCUCCAACUUCAGCCACAAUUCCAUCUCCAACCACUGCAGCAUUGACCACACCAGCUGUGAGAGGGACACCAUCUUCAACCACUGCAGUUCUGACCACACCAUCUCCAACCACUGCAGCAUUGACCACACCAGCUGUGAGAGGGACACCAUCUUCAACCACUGCAGUUCUGACCACACCAUCUCCAACCACUGCAGCAUUGACCACACCAGCUGUGAGAGGGACACCAUCUUCAACCACUGCAGUUCUGACCACACCAUCUCCAACCACUGCAGCAUUGACCACACCAGCUGUGAGAGGGACACCAUCUUCAACCACUGCAGUGCUGACCACACCAGCUGUGAGAGGGAAACCAUCUCCUACCACUGCAGUUCUGACCACACCAUCUCCAACCACUGCAGUGCCAACUACACCAGCAGUCUUCUCAGGAAGGGUUUGUGUAAGGCCUGUGAUCAGAAAAAGAUGCCCAGUUUGCAAUAUCCUCAUUAAUAAAAGAAACCUAAAAAAGCACAUUGACCGCAAACACACAGAAGAGCCAAUACAGGACAUUAAUGCCACAUCCCAUCUUGAGAGCCAGUGCAUCGAUAGGACAAAUGGCAUAUUUACAGUUCUUAAAGUUACAAAGGGUCACAGUGUUCCUCUUCAUAUUCAGGUCAAGACAUGGGGAGAACAUCAUAAGGUCAUUUGUGAAUCACAUGAAUGUCAGGUCAGUAUGGAAGUUGCACAGAGAAGUGGCCUGUCAUCAUACCAGUGCAAACACAUCCGCUCUGUAAAUUACUGUGCAUCCUCUGCAGAACCAGUCUCCCUGAAAGAAGAGAUUUUAUCCGAGAUGGUGAAAGCAAAGUGGUUUAGUAAUGAAAAGAAGAAGAUUUGCCUUACUCGGCAGCAGCAUGCUAACAGCAGUAACAUACCACUCUCUGUUCAAACCUCGAUCGGCACCCCUGAAACAAAGAAGUUCAUUUCAGUAUUUGAACCCAGUGUCUCCUAUUACAGCAGGUUGGGGCGUGUAAUGGUUGUAUAUGACUCAAAAUUAAACACAUGGCAUUGUCCCUGUGCCAUAUUGAGGCGCUCAUGUGUGCACAAAUAUAUUGCAAAAUGGCACCUUUUUCAGACACAACGCGACUUGUUUCGAACAGUCUUCAGCAGAGAAGAAUCACCACGCAAAGAACCAUAUGCACAGUCUGAGAAGGAUUUCAGAGAAGACAAUCCUGUUUAUCCUCCAAAACAUCAAGGGUUAAAUAAUAUGGUAUGUUACAUUCUUCAGCACAAGAAGAUUCCUGUUGAUCUACCAGAUGAUGUGCGGGUACCAUCACCAGACAAAGAUUACCCAAAAAUCCUUUGUCCAGAUGAAUGUGUCUGUCAGAUUUGUCCAGGUGUUGUUCCCCUCAGUGAACCCAUCCUAAUUACGAAGAAGGCUAAAAUACUCACAAACUGGUCCAUAAUUGAAGAUGUUGCCAUUUACUGUAAGCAGUGCCCACUAUGUGGAAUGUUCUACCGUUAUCAGGAGUGGAAAGACCACCUACAUAACUUUGAUGACCACAACAUCCUUGCAAUACCUUUAUGCCUAACCUUGAGAAGCCUUCUUCAGGUGCAUACAUCGGUGAGCAGAGCAGUAAAUUAUUUGGAAGAUUUGACAGGUUUGAAGUUUCCGGCACCAGACACGGUUCUUCAUGCCUACUUGCAUUUUGAGGCCCUUGUGGAACAUGAGUACAGAUACUCAUGUAUUACCUGUGGUGACCAUCCCCCAGUGGUGAUAAUGGAUCUACACAAAAAGGGUGUUUUCCAUUUUUCUGCAAGUGACACAGAGGAACCUCCUGAAAACUUCCGAGGGGACGUCAAUAUAGAAACAUUCUGGGAGGCACUAUCCAAAGAAAUGAUAUGUCGUGGAUUUGUUGCAAGUGGUGCACAAAAUCCAUUUGCAGUUAAACCUACGUAUCACUUCUGGGCUCCUUGGAUUGGCAAGAGGACACGUCGUUCAGACAAUGUGCUAAACACAGAGUUUGAAAAAGUUCAUUCUUCAAAGUCUGCCUCAGAGACUGCAGAAAUUACGGUGACAGAGGAGAGGCUGAAAGAAGAACUUCAGAAGCAGAAGGUUAUUGUUAUUCGGAAACUAUGCAAAGAAUGUGGUCUGGACUCCACUGGCUCUCGGAGUGACCUCCUCCUCAGAUUGUCCAAUGAAAUGAAAUCGAGGCAAACAUAUGAUAAAAUCUUUGAAAAAAUCUGGGGUGCCUCUGGAGGCUGGGGAGUCAUCAUGUGCCCAUGUGGUGUAGUUUACAGUUUAAAAUGCAAUCUUCGAGCAGAAAGCCCUCGAGAUUUUGUUGAUCUUCUGUUCUCAUGGAAGCACAUGCCGAACAUUAUCAUUUAUGACUUUGCACGCGGUUUAGCAACACAUGCCAAUCUCAGGGCACCAGAAAGCAUUCCUAUUCAUCCACAUGAGGGACGCUUGGCAGAACCCACUCAAGAAAACAUAACACUUGCCAGAUCUGGAAAUCUGAAAGUGUCCUUGCCUUGGCUGGAGGAAAAAAAGAGUGCAAGUGAUCCUCAAGGACACCCACUGACAGGAUCUUCUGAUCAUUACAUAUUAUCUGACCGUUUUCACGAGAACAAUACCAAAGACAGUAGAGAUGUUCUGAGGAAGAUCACUAUAGUGCCUCAACUAGCUGGCAAAAUAAAUAGCCAGGUUGCAGAGCAACUGUUCUCAAAGAUGAGAAAAAAUAACUACUUCUUGAACAUGUCUCAGCCAUCAACACACCUCUUUCAAAUGAGGACCAUAAUUCACCACUAUAACGAAAACAAGAACAACAAAGUGAGGACUAGAUUAAUGAAUACAUUUGGAUCAAAGUUGGUGAUGAAUAUGCAUGGACAGGCUGUGCUGGAAAAUUCGGACAUCUCUAUAGACGAGCUAGUCCCCACAGACAUUGAGAUGGAGCAUGUUACCCCGACAUCAAUGACGGUCCCAACCAGUACAGAAACUGAAAUGGUGUGUAAUUAUAAAUGCCUGUCUGCCAGUAGAGAUAGUUGGGAUUGUGUGCCAACUCAUAGGCAAUCAGUAAUGCUUGAAUGGGCUUUGGGGACAGGCGACCAAGAUGAAACAAUUGCUGAAGUUGGAAACGUGGUUCUGAAAAGAAAAGAUUUCUGGACUCUCGGUCUCAAUGAGCAGUUGGAGGCAACAAUUGCAAACAGCUGUCUUGAAGUAAUUACUUUGGUCUCUAUGGAACGAGGAUUGGAUGUGUGGACAGCUAAUGCAUAUGUUGUGGUGACCUGGUUGCCUCCAAAUAAUCUGGACCCAUCCUUGUCAUUUCCAGAUAACAUUGCACUAAAAGACUGCAUUAUCUUCCCUGCUUGGAAGCCAGGACACUGGAUGUUGUGUCAAGAUGACAGCCAAAAUUGCACCUGGAACAUGGAUGCUAAUAAAAAACAAGGAUAUCCCCCAACAGAUUGGUGGUGUGGACUGUGGAGUCUUCAUGUUGAUGUAUGCUCUACAUCUUGCCUUGGGAGCACCCUUUGAUUUUACAUCUUGUGACAUGCCAAAGAUUCGGAGAUGGUGGACUCUAAUUCUUUUAGAGAACUUUGGGGUUUUCUCUGAAAGUGCAGAUACCCUUCAAGAGGCUCUUCCACACAGAGAACCAGCUGAGCUUAGCAGCAGUGAGGAGCUACCAGUAAUCCGAGACAUGGCAGAAGCUGUGAAAUGGAUUGAUUCCAAUAACCAUCUGCUCAGAGGGCCGGUGGAAGAGCCUCUUUUCCUCACCAUGACUGAGGAGGAAAAGGAAAAGGCCCUCAAUGAUCUCAGUCAAAGCACAGACUCUUCGAGGGAGCCCUUUACGUUUCUUUUUCAGUUCAGGGAUGACAUGGAAUUAGUUAUACAAGAAUGUCAUGACAAAAUGGGCCUAAAACUGAACUGUUCAUUUGAUACAUUUUAAUUUAAAUUAAUGCCAUAUGGUCAUGACAAUGUGUGAAUUGUUUGUUUUGUAAAUUGUCAUUUUCAUUUUAUACAAAAUUGUCAUGGCAAAUUGUUUAGCAAGUUUAUUCCAUAAACUUUAAUUAUCUAGUUUUUGAUUUGUUUCUUUUAAAAUUUUGUGUGUUUGAAGAUUUUUACAGCAAUGUUUUAAUUUUUUUGUAGUGAAAUGCAUGAUACACAUGUUCUUUGCUUUGAAGUAUAUUUUUUUAUGUUGUGAUUAAAGUAUAUUUCAUAUAAAAUGCCUUAAGUUUCAAUUAAUUUUUAUUAUCUCGAACUCGAGGAAAUAGCUCACGUAAUGCAAUUAAAUGAAUAAGUAUAUACAAUUAUAUUAAACAAUUUUUUUUUUAAUGUGUCGUUGUAACAUGCGCACAUAAAGUAUAACGUUUCUUAUGAAUAAAAGCCAAUUAUACUUCAAAACCGUGGGUGGCGCUGCUCUGGUAAGUACGUAAGCUCCGCUCCUCGCUUCCGGUUCUGAAACAGCGGUUCUGAAACGGCGGUUCUGAAACGGCUGUGCUGCGGGUCUGCAGAUGGAUAU